ACGCUUUUAGAUUUUGGGGGCGAUGAUAAUUCCACCCAAUCUAAAGCGCCUGCCAUCCCCGAAACUCCUCAAGCCACAGUUGAUAUCUUGGCCGAUAUCUUCGGUGGUAGUCCAGUGGUAACUAAAGCACCGCCAAUUCCGAACAAUGAUAUUAUGGGUAUUUUUAAUGCGACGCCAAGUGCCGUUCAAAAUCCACCCACGCAGAGUGUACAACCCACAAAUAUUCUGGAUAGUUCUGAUUCGAUGGGAGUUGGAACAGGACAACAGAUUGCACCCAUAUCUUCUGGCUUCGAGAUGUUUUCAACGGUACCACCUGAGUCGGAAAAAUAUAUUGCAUAUAAUAAGAAUGGGUUUAAGAUCAGCCUAGAUCCUUCCAAAGACCCAAGUAAUCCCAGAAUUAUCAAUAUUGAUGUCACUUUUCAUAACGUCUCGGUUGGCGCCAUCGUGCAAAAUCUGUUGUUCCAGGCGGCCGUCCUAAAGACUCAAAAAUUGCAGAUGCAAUCUCCGUCAACAACUACCAUUGCUCCUGGUGCAACAGCCCAACAAAUAAUUCGAGUUGCUAACCCUCAACAGACGAACAUUAGAUUGCGACUUAGAAUCGUGUUCACGACAUCAGCUGGCACAAAAGUAGACGAAAUGUUUGACUUUAGCGGGUUUCCGCAAGAGU